CAUUGACGGGUUUGAACCCGGAAGAGGAAGACCGGUGUCAGUGAUUCUAGACGGGAGGCCCUGUGGGCUUGCGGGGAAAAUGCCAGUGGCCGUGAUGGCGGAAAACCCGGUCUCCUUCCAGAGGUUGUUGGAGCAGUGCGAGGAGCAGGAACUUGAGGCUCCAGGAGGUAUUGCAACACCCCAGGUGUACAGUCAGCUUCUAGCGCUAUACCUUCUACACAAUGACAUGAAUAAUGCCAGAUAUCUCUGGAAAAGAAUACCACCUGCCAUCAAAUCUGCCAAUGCAGAGCUGGCUGGGAUUUGGGAGGUGGGACAGAGGAUCUGGCAGAGAGACUUCCCCGGAAUCUACUCAUCCAUUGCUGCCAACCAGUGGUCAGAAAACAUUCAACCAAUCAUGGAGGCUGUAAGAGAUGCAACACGGCAGCGUGCCUUUGGCUUGGUGUCCCAGGCAUACACCUCAAUCUCUGCUGACGAUUUUGCAGCCUUUGUUGGUCUUCCAGUAGAGGAAGCUGUGAAAGGGGUCUUGGAGCAGGGCUGGCAGGCUGAUUCUGCUUCUCGCAUGGUAAUGCCCAAGAAACCAGAUUCAGCUCCCCUGUCUCUGAUUCCCAAUGAGCAGCAGCUGGCCAGACUUACUGACUACGUGGCUUUCCUAGAGAACUAACGCAUCCUUCCCAUCGGAGAUGAAAAUAAGGAACACAAAAAAGAGAAGCAAGAAUCCCUCCAAAUUGACCACACUGGGCUCUAAAACCCCACCUGUGAUAAGCUGGCUUAUUCAUUUUAUGAGCUGUACUUUGGCCAAAAGGGGUUAAUGUGCAUGCAGGGGGGUGUUAUCAUGAAAUGGCUUAUGUUGUGUGGCUUAACCCUUUGCUGACCCCUCUGACAGUGACAAAAGGGAAAAUAUUAAGAAAAUGCUUUGGUUUUCUUCAAACCUGAUAACCUAGUUAAGAAGCUUGAGAUCUGUAAAGUGGAUUCUUGGAGAGACUUUGUGGCAACAUCUUAUGGUUAAUUUUCCUAAGUAGUCCUCAUACAGUUAAAUGUCCUCUAUAACACACAGAAUCCACUAUGGACUUUUUUCCAGCAUUGCCACCCCCCCCCCCUCUCGGAUAUGUACCUCUACUGCUAAACAGGGGAACGGUCGAUUUUGUUAACGUCCUUUCCCUCCUCCUGAGCUUUCAGCAGGACCACAAGGUGGCGCUGCGUAGCUUCAUUAAAUCCCUCUGCAUGAAGGAGAGGUCAAAUGUUUUAACACACAAACACUGCGUUGGGAUGGUUACCUCGUAGCAGUGUCAUUUUUGCCACAAUGUAGCCUGGUGUUAGACAUUGUUUAGUAAGAAUUUGACCCAUUAAACAGUGUUUAGUACAUAAA